CCUCUUAUAUUUUUAUUACCUUCAAAUGAUGCAAAUAACCAUUAAAAAAAUGACAACGAAUUAGUUUCAUCAAGAUAUUUCCAUGAAUUAUGCAUUCUUUAUAUUUUAAGUACAAAAGACAUUUCUUAAUUUGAAUCUUCUAUCAAUUAUCUUUCUACUUAUUAUUAAAAUUACCAAAACUUGCCUCCAUCUGCAAAUUAAAAUACUUUUGUUGCUUUAAAUUUACUUUAUUUAUUAUCUUAUAAUAAACUUGCUGAAUUCCACACUGCCAUCGAAUUAAUUAAUCCUCAUGAUUUAUAAGAAAAUAAAUAUAUAGAUUUUGUUGUAGAUUUAGAAAGAUAAAUAACUAUAGGAAACUACUCAAAAGUAAUAUAAAGUAAAGAAAAAGUUCCUCUUAUGAGUUUCCAUGUUUUCUUAGAUAGAAUAAUUGAAACUAUAAGAUAUGAAACUGCAAGAAGUGCUGAAAAAGGUUAUGAAAGUUUAAGACUUACUGAUUGUGUGAAACUUUUCCAUUUACAUAAUGUCGAUUAAGUAUAAGAUUUUGCAGAUUAAUAGAAUAAAAUAUCUGAUGAAAAUGAAUUUACUUGGGUAGUAUAAAAUGAUAGAUUAUGGUUUAAAGGAAAAGAUCAUAAAAAUGUAUAAAAAUUUAAUGCUGAAAAUCUUAUAAGAACUUCAUUAAGUUAUGCAUAUGAAUUAGAAAAAAUUGUUUGA